AAGGAAACCAAAACCUUAGCGACGUGUCGGUAUACACGUCACAAGUUUAAUCGCUAAUCAGAGUUGCUUUUGUUUCUUGCAGUCUCCUCCCACCAGGUAUCGAGAGGCGGGUGUCCCAACAUUUUGAUAUAUUCUCAGUAAAAGCGUUAAAUUAUGAUUAAUAAUAAAGGAAUCAUGAAGAAGAUGAAAAAUGUGUAAUUUUAAGAAAUGUAUAUUUAUGUGAUUUGUAUGGAUUAAAACUUGGGAAAAUAUGGCAGAAGGAUUUUCAUCUGAACUAAUAUCUAAUGAAAAACCACAUGUUGAUCAAGAAAGUGUUGAAUUGCAUUCAAUUGGCAGUGAAGCUUCAACAUUGCCAGCUGGUGAUGGUGUUUCAGAUAAAAUAUCUACAACUAUCAAAAAAUCUGAUCAUAUGAAUAAUCUACCAAAAAUUGUGAAGGAACGGGUAGUGUCUUUUUCAAAAAACAUAGACAAUGUUUGCAUCUUUACUGGAGAUAAAUCAAUAGAAGCUGAUGAUAAAUCAGAUGUACCUAUUUUAGAAAAUAAUUUAAUUCUAGCUUCAACUUUAGUUGUUGAUGCAAAAAAUGGUCGUCAUUCAGAUUUUGAAAUGAAUGAUAAAAGUGUGAGAAUGUAUAUAAUAUAUCAUCAUAGUGGUCUUAGAUACCUACUUUACUUUUUCAUCUUAUUACAUCAUUUUGUAGCUGUAUUUGAAAAACCUGCUUUCAAAAGCUGGGAACUUCCAUAUUGGGUUACAAUGGCACUUGAGCUAGCAUGUCUUUCAUUUUACGUAUUUCGUCUUCUGCAUUUAGCUUCAUUUCUUCCUCUUGAUAAAUUUUGGCGUGAUAAGAAAAAUCUUCUUAUUUUAUCUGCAAUACUAUUAACAGGUAUAGAUAUGAUCUGUUAUGCUGUACUAGUGAAUGCUGGACAUUCUGAUAUUUCGGUUCGAUGGUCAAGACCACUUCGUCCUAUUUUUAUAAUAAACUUCAGUGAAAAUAAACAGGUAAGAAGAGCAUUUCGAAAUAUUAGGAGGACAUUGCCCGAUAUUCUGAAUGUUUUGAUCCUGUUCUUUUUAAGUAUAGGAUUAUUUUCACUUAUGGCUCAGAAAUUAUUUAAAAAAAGAAAUUUGACAUUUCCUGAUGGAAGUCCAUAUUUUACGAAUUAUCUAGAUACGUUUUUUGAUCUAUAUGUACUCGUAACAACUGCUAAUAAUCCAGAUAUAAUGAUGCCAGCUUAUGAUGAAAAUCAUUUUUCUGCAUUUUUCUUCCUUGCAUAUUUAGUCAUAUGUUUAUACAUAUUUAUGAAUAUCUUUCUGGCAGUCAUAUAUAAUAAUUAUAGGAAACAUUUAAAGAAUGAAGUUAAAAAAGUUGUCUAUAUGAAAAGACAGAGUUUAUCAAGAGCAUUUGAUAUAUUAAAGAUAAAAAUUGCAAACAAAUGUGCUUUGGAUUAUAAAAGAUUUAAUGCAUUAUUAAAAACCAUUCCACCAAAACGAAGUCCAAUGUUGGUCAACAUUCUUUGGUUUGUUUUGGACAGUGAUAAUGACAAUCUAAUAGGAAAAGCAGAUUUUUUGCAUUUAGCUGAUCUGUUAAAUGUUGCUGUUUCUGAAGUUAAAGAUAGAAAAACAAUAUUUGAUAAAGUCAUGCCAAAAUUUUAUCACUCUAAAGCUUCAAAGUUAUUCCGUACUGCUGUUUCUCAUAAAUAUUUCAGAUAUUUAUUUGACAUUUUUAUUUUAUUGAAUGCUGGAUUAAUUGCUGCUGAUAUAAAUGAAGCAGAAUGGUGUUUUCUCGCUCUUUUUAUGUUUGAAAUAAUAUCAAAAAUAUACACAUUUGGCAUCAAAGAAUUUUUUCGGAAAUUAUGGAAUAUAUUUGAUUUUGUUGUAAUUGGUGCUGCAGUUGUUGCAACUGCAGUUGAAACUGCUAUAGGAGAUACUGGUGAUGAUAAAAGUAGAACAUUGGAUAUUCUUCUUGUUUUAAGAGUACUCAGACUUGUUAAAAUAGUAGGUGGUAUAAACAGAUUUCAAGUCAUUGUAGUAACAAUUAUGAACUUAGGUCCUUCAAUCUUGACAUAUGGUGGUGUAUUAUGUGUGAUGUUUUAUACUUUUGCCAUUAUUGGUAUGGAAGUUUUUCAGAACAAAAUUACAUACCAUGGGUAUAAUGAAACGGAUCCAUCUGAAAUGUUUUGUGGAAACCCAAAACUCAAUGGUUCAGCAUUUUAUAAUAGUCGUUACUGUAGUAAUAAUUUCAACAAUAUUUUUAAUGCAAUGGUCAUUUUAUUUGAACUCAUGGUUGUUAAUCAAUGGCAUAUUCUGACGAGUGGAUUUGUAAUUGUCACCAGUAAAGCUGCUCGAAUAUAUUUCUUUUUAUUCCAUUUAACUUGUGUCAUAAUUGUACUUAACAUUUUUACAGCUUUUGUGCUAGAAGCCUUCAUAUUGGAAUACUCAUUUUCAAAAAGUAAAUUAGAAAGUGCAAUUGAAACGAAAAUUGAAGAGAUGGGAUUAAGAUUAGGCCGGAAGCAGACUCAUGUUCAAAAUGAAACUGAUAAAGAUACUUUGGUGUCUAAUGCCGACUUAGAUCUUCAGUUAGAUAGUGAUCAUGAUUAUCAGGAUGAUGAAGUGGAUUCCAGAGAAAGAGCACCUUCAAAUCUACCAGAUCUUUCACAUGAAACAGAGAUACGUUUUCGAAUUUCUAAAAAUAAAAACGUUGAAAAUUUGUUACAAAAAAUGUUUGAAAAUGAAUUAGAUGUUGAAGACAUUGGCCCAGAGGAUAUUGAUGAUAUGGAUAUUUCUGCAGAUAUUCAAAAAAUUAUUUUCUAGUCUUAUUAUAAAAGAUAUAUAUAUACAUAUAUAAAUAGAUAAUAUAUUUUAAAUGUUUAUGUUACAUUACAAAUGUUUUUUUUUAAUUAUUAAGUAUAUAAAUUGGAGCAAAUUAAUUGCUUCAUGUUUUGAAUUUUGUUUUUUUAAUAAACUAAUUGAAAUGACUGAUUCUGUGGAAUAAACAUUUGUUUUUACAAUACAUUGCAGAUAUAUAAGAAAAUUAAAUGCAUUUGAUUUUAUUAACUUCUAAAUGUAUAACACUUCUAAUGAUAGACAGCAUCUAAGAAAAGUAAAUUUUGUUUUUGUUAAUAUACUUGUGUAUAAAAUGACAUAUAAAACCAAACAUUAUAAUCAAAUAAUACAGCUAAAUUCUUAUUGGGCUAUCUAGCCAGAUUUUUAAUUUGAUAUCUUAUUAAUUAAUUAGCCAUAUUUUAACCAAUAAGAAUUCAGAUGUAUCAUUUGAUUAUAUUUGUAUAACUAUUUAAAAAAUAUAUCUUUUCUAGAGAAUAACAAACAAUAAAACUACUUUAUUGGUUUAAAAAAUAUUACAGAAUUAACACAUCGGCAAGAACUUUUAAGUCUAGCUUGUCAUCAGGCUGAAUCAACUUGGAAAGUUUGAAUGUUGCAAAAGCAAAGCUGUUGCUAGAUAAUGCUUGAUCUGUUGUAGUUCCAUAAGCUUACAGAGCUCUGAACUCAAAAAUGUCUGUUGAUGUGUUAGUUCUCUAAUAUUGUUUACUCCAGUAAAAUAGUUUUUUGUUUAUUCUGUAACUUUGGAAUUGUUUAUCUUUUCUACAUAAAAUAUUCAUAUAAAGUAUAAAUCCUAUUAUUUAACUUAAACUGCAUAUCUUUCCAAACAAAGAAAUUAAGAAUUAGAUAAAGAAAUGUAUUUAGCUCCAUAUUGGAAUCAAUGCAUUAUUUUCCCUUUUAGGUGAAAUAUCUAUUAGUAAUGAAGUAAAUGCCUAUUAUAAUAAUCAGAAUUUUGGUUAUUGACAAUCCAUUUAUAAUCAAUUAUCAACAACUAGUUUUACCAUAAACCAAACAGUGUUUUUCAGUCUUGGUUUCUUUUAAUGGGUGAUCAUAAAAUUUAUACUGUGUUUAUUUGUUAGGAAAUCAGAUGCUUACUAAUUUCACAAGUAAAUAUAUUUUUAUUAAAGUUUUCAGAGUUUUUCUGUUUUAUACAUAGGUAAAUUACAAGGAAUUUUACAAUUGUAAAUUAUUUUGUAUGAUUAAAGAAUCUAUUGGUGUUCUCAGGAAAAAAUUUAGAUGGCUGACCUGCAGUGUUAUCUGGCUGCUAUUGUAAAUUUUCCUACAAAUCUCAGUUAAUGACAAUAAAACAAAUACUCAUAAUUAUAACAUUCAUUAGUAUACUAAUCUAUAGUCUAAUUUCUUUAAAAAUAUAAUAAUAAAUAUUUUUAAUUGGUUUAAAGGAAAUAUUUAACUGCUUGAUCAACCAGCUAAAAUUUAGUUUGGGGAGAACACUGAUAUAUGGUCUGUUUCUUCAAUUUAACAAUUAUAUUGUCAAAUGUUAGUUAUCUGACAAGUCUUUAAUGUAUAGAAUUUAAGUUUGUUUUGCAAGAAUAACAGCAAAAACUAAUUUGCUGACUGAUAAUGCUCAGAAAGAAAAAUAUGCAAAUAUAUGAUUAGGAAAUGAAAUUUCAAUUAUAUCAGAGUAUUAAUUUUAUUUAAUAAUCUUUUGGAUAAAGAUUAUUUUUUGAUAACU